AUGGAGAAGCCCAGACGAACUCGACGACUUUAUGCUGGCACAGUUCAAAACUUUGUUGUGGCCUGGUUAGACGAAAACAUCGAUGAAGAGAACAACAUUGAUUGCCAAAAUACAAUUAUUAAGCUACGAGAAGUAGUCAAUGCAGUGAAUACAUUCACUAAUAUCGAAGAAUGUGUUACUUUUAUUACUGAUAUCAAGGACGAAAAGGUCUUUAUGGUUUCAUCGGGUGCACUUGGUCAAACAUCAGUCCCUAUGGUUCACGAUAUGAUACAAGUUAAUACCAUAUAUAUUUUUUGUGCGAAUACGACUCAACAUGAGCAAUGGGCGAAAGAAUGGGCUAAAAUAAAAGGUAUCUUCUCAGACAUUCAGUCCAUCUGUGACGCAUUGAAAAAGGCCACUCAUAAAUGCGAUCAAAACAACAUCUCAAUGAGUUUCAAACCCAUGACUGUUGAUACAAUAACUGAAAGUCUCGAUGAACUAGAUCAAUCCUUUAUGUACACACAGAUACUAAAAGAAAUUCUCUUAACUAUUGAUUUUCAAACGGAACAUUUUCAAGCAUUUAUUACAUACUGUCGGGAACAGUUUGUUGACAAUCCAGCCACAAUUCGUCAUGUCGAUAAACUCGAAAAUGAAUAUCAUCAACGUACACCGAUCUGGUGGUAUACACACGAGUGUUUUCUGUAUUCUAUGCUUAAUCGAGCUUUACGACUAAUGGAUAUCGAUCUCAUCAUCAAAUUAGGCUUUUUUCUUUCUGACCUUCAUCAACACAUCACCCGCAUUCAUUCGGAACUAACUGAUUUCGACACGUUCACUGUAUAUCGUGGUCAAGGUUUGCCUCAGACAGAUUUUAACCAAUUGGUAAAGACACAAGGUGGUUUAUUAUCGUUUAAUAGCUUUUUAUCAACUAGUCUUGACCAAAAAGUCUCUCUUGCUUUCGCUGAAAGUAAUAUAGAUAAUCCAUAUUUAAUAGGUACUCUCUUUCAAAUAACUAUUAAUUCAUCGACUUCAUCAACUCCAUUCGCCGAUGUUCGCGAUAUUGGUUAUUACCAGGACGAAGAAGAAAUUCUCUUUUCUAUGCAUUCUAUAUUUCGUAUUGGAAAAAUCAAACAGAUCGAUGGCAAUGAUCGACUUUGGCAAGUGGAGUUGACAUUGACUGGAGAUCAUGAUCCACAACUGCACAUAUUAACUAAAUAUAUACGAGCAGAGACAUCUCCAGAUGAGAUCGGAUGGAAGCGAUUGGGUCAAUUAUUGAUUAAACUUGGGCAGUUUGACAAAGCACAACAAGUCUAUGAUGUACUGCUUACUCAGACAUCUGAUCAACAAGAGAAAGCCAACAUUUAUCAUCAUCUCGGAACAAUCAAAAAUGGUCGAGGAGAAUAUGCCGACGCCAUUACAUAUGCGGAAAAAUCACUGGAAAUCAACCAAAAACUUCGUCCAUCUGAUCAUCUUGACUUGGCUGCUUCUUACUACAUCAUCGGUUUGGCGUAUCAUAAGAUGAGCGAGUACUCGAAAGCUCUUUCUUAUCAUGAGAAAGCCCUUGAAAUCAGAGAAAAAAUCCUUCCUCUAAAUCAUCCUGAUUCAGCUACUUCCUACGAAUACAUUGGCGAUGUGUAUUAUCGCAUGGGUGAGUAUUCAAAGGCACUUUUCUAUCAUGAAAAAGCACUUGAAAUUCGACAAAAAAUCCUUCCUCUAAAUCAUCCUGAUUUGGCUGAUUCUUAUUGUGACCUCGGCCGGGUGUAUGGCAAGAUGAGCGAAUACUCGAGAGCACUGUCAUCUCAUGAAAAAGCACUGGAAAUCCGACAAAAAGCUCUCCCUGAAAAUCACCCUGAUUUGGCUACUUCUUACAGCAACAUGGGUGUGGUGUAUUUUCGUAUAGGCGAAUACUCGAAAGCACUAUCAUAUAGUAAAAAAGCAUUUGAAAUCCAACAAAAAACUCUUCCUCCAAAUCAUCCUGACUUGGCUGCUUGUUACAACAACGUCGGUAACGUGUAUAACAAGAUGAGUGAGUACUUAAAAGCACUUUUCUAUCAUGAAAGAGCAUUUGAAAUCUGGCAAAAAGCUCUCCCUGAAAAUCAUCCGGAUUUGGCUAUUUCACACAAUAAUAUCGGUUUGGUGUACGACGGCAUGCGCGAAUAUUCAAAAGCAUUUUCUUAUUAUGCACGGGCUAUUGAGAUUGGGCAACAUUCAUUACCUGAAAAUCACCUUCGUCUUCAAGAAUGGAAAAGAAAUCUUGAAAAUGUUAAAAAGAAGUUGUAG